AUGGAGAUCCUCCGUGAGCCGCCGAAGGCCUCGUCCUUCGUACCUCUAAUCGAGCAUCAGUCUGCGACGCCCGCCUCGUUCUAUUCCGGCCCACCAGUCCUCCAUUACUACAGUGACCGCAGCAAGCUGGUCGUCCUGGAACAUGAAGCCCGCUCCGUGCCAGCAUUUGCGCCAUUGCUAGAACAUCCCAGUUCCGAAGCGCAACCUCAGCAGCCUCAUCAUGCGAACGGCACCGAAGCCAAUGGAGAUUUUGAGAUGAGGGGACAGCAAAAAGUUGUCGACAACGUGGAUGUAUGGGUGACUUCCGACAAACUCUUCCUCUACUCCAACGAUGCGAAUGCAGGCCUCUCGAUCCCGUACCCCUCCAUCUCCCUCCACGCGAUCCAAUCUCUCCCGCAACCCUCGCCCGGCGAGCAACAAGGUCUAUACAUGCAGAUAAUCUCAUUUCCCUCGCCGGAGAGCGGUGCGCAAGACGAAGACACUGACCCCGAUUCGAUAUCUGUCACCGUGAUCCCAACCGCCUCUGCCCCGCCGCAAGUCGUCUCUGGGACCACUCACGACGGUCUUGAAGGGGAAGACAAGCCCGAACAGACGCCCGUGGUGGCCAUGUUCAACGCCCUUUCCGCCUGCUCCAAUCUGCAUCCCGACCCCGUGGAAGACGACGACGGCGAAGACGGUGGUGGGAGCCGUUUGUUUCGCGCGGGGCUGGCCUUCCCCGGCAGCUCGGACGGCGGCCUCCCGCCUGCGAUGCCGGGCAGUGGCGGCUGGAUCACGGCGGAGAAUAUGCACGAGUUUUUCGACGAGGAGGGGAACUGGAUUGGCGGUGAUGACCAGGCCGAGCCAGAUGAGGACGACGGCGACGGAGCGGCAGCUGCAAGCGACGACCCCUUGGGCCCCGGUGCUGGCACUGUUCGGCCAAGGCAGGAUACAGAACGAGGAGACGAGGAUGCCGCUGGCGUAGGAGAGGCGGAAGAGACGAAGUGGAGGAGGACGUCCUAG